AUGGCAGCGGAAAAUGUGGACCCUCCCCAGGGCAAGCCUGCUACUAAUGUGGAUGCAUUGGGGCGGAAGGUUUGGGACAAGUCAUACUACGCCCAGGUCGCAGAGAAGAAAACAGGGGGGCAGGGGGACAGUGUAGAGCAAUCUAUCGCAACUUUGCUGCCGGAUCCAAAUCGGAAACCGGUAGUUGCUGUGCCGGAAGUGCGCGAAAACCUCAAGCGGAGGAAGGAAACGGUCGAUGUGACGAAGGAUGUGGGAAAAGUUCGGGUCAUUAGUGCACUAACCCAUAAAUCGCAACAAGGGGGGUUCUACUGCAAAGUAUGCGACUGCCUGCUGAGGGACUCGCAGGCCUACAUGGACCACCUCAAUGGGCGCAAACACAACAGAAUGCUUGGAAUGACCAUGCGAGUGGAGAAAGUCGACGCCAAGACUGUUGCACAGGCCCUCAAGAGGCGAGCCAUGCAAGAAAACGCGCCGAAAUUGUCUACGGAAGAUCUACAGAAGGAUUUGCAGGAACGUAUUAAGGAGCUUGAGGCUGAAGAACGCGAAAUGAAGCGGAAACGGAAAAUGAACAAAAAACUCAAGCAAGAAAGCAAAAAUAUUUCAACGAAGCUUAAAGUGGAAGAUGACAGCACCGAAAAUGUGGAAACAGACCAAACUGAAAUGUUGAUGCGAUCUAUGGGAUUACCAACAAGCUUCUGA